AUGACUGCCCUCCAUCCUCCAUUCCGGACCAAGUCCCUGCUCCUACUCGCCGUCAUCUCUCUUCUCGCCCGGAUGGCCUAUUCCGAUUCGUCCUCCUCAUCCGAAUUACCCACUUCGCAACUGAUCACCAAGGCCAACACACUCCUAGUGACAGGCCAAGCCUCCAAAGCACUCGAACUCUACGAACUCGUCCUCGAGCGAGACCCGGAUGACUAUCUCACCCUCUACAAGAAAGCAACCACUCAGAUGACUCUCGGCCCAGGCAAAUUUCCUGACUUUUUUCAUGAUCACCCUGCUGACAAAUGA